AUGGCUUUUUCUUGGCCAAAUCGUGCAAAAGUUAUAUCGACAAGUGCACUCGAGUGUUUUCGUGAUGCCCAUCCAGAACAACCACUUGUAAGAGAUCGGAUCUGGCUUGGCUUCUCAUUGACUCUUGCCACUCUUAUCUCAUUUAUACUCAAUGCAAUGCUGCUGAUUAUUACCACAAAGGCAAAUAUCCUUGAACGGCAAUUCCGAUAUCACGUUAUUAGCCUUAUACUUGCUAGCAUUGUGUAUUUAGUUGCUAAUAUACUAAUACUUAUACCUACAACUGUUGGUUCUCUGUAUAUAGCAGAUCCAUGGAAUGCAAUAUUGUCCUCUACCGAUAACUUAGGAUAUCUAGCGCUGAUGUUCUCUAAUACUAUUGUGGCAGCAGAUCGCUUCACAUUCUUUUUCCUUCGAGAGGUAAGGGCUUAUAUUCUUGUUUUAGGGUGCGCAACAAUAAUGAGAACCUUCUAGCC